AUGAACGCUUAUGAUACACAAAUAUUUACUUCAUGUAAGGACCCCAAUGAGCGGACAAACAAGCUAAACAAUGAUUUGGAAAACAUUUGUGAAUGGCUCACAGCAAAUAAGCUGCAAUUUCAUCCCUCAAAAACGAAAUCCAUAUUUAUAGGUUUCUCAUACAAUCUUGCCAAACUCGAUCAGUGUUCCGUGUUUAUCAACAACACUGAAGUAACACGUGUCAAGUCACAAAAGUGUUUGGGAAUUGAAAUAGACGAUAAGUUAAACUGGGGAAACCAUAUUGAUAAAUUCUGUAAAAAAGCCGGGCCGGGAAUUGGAGCCAUUCGUCGCUUGAAGCCUUUUGUGCCCAGGGAAUCCCUAGAAACAAUGUACAAGGCCCUGGGCCAACCAUACUUCGACUAUUGUUCCCCCCUUUGGGAUACCUGCGGAAAAACUCUGAAAGAUAAGAUGCAAAGAUUUCAAAAUCAUGCGGCCAGAGUGAUUACAGGCGCAAAAUAUGAAGUGCGGUCAACAGAAAUUAUGGAAAAAUUGAACUGGCCAUCACUUGAAACAAGGUGUCGACGGGCAAAAUCAAUCUUUAUGUACAAAAUUUUGAAUGACCAAGCUGCCAAUCACCUUAAAAAAGACUUUAAAAUGGCUAUAGAUAGUGACAAAAGGUGUGAUUUAAGAAACAUCGAGACAAACCUAGCACUUCCAAGGCCGCGGACAAAUUUCUUGAAAUCAAGUUUUCAAUAUAGCGGUGCCAUGCUUUGGAAUAGCCUUCCAAUGGAGGCUAAACUCUCUCGAACUCUACCGGAAUUUAAGAAAGUGAUCCAGACAGUCUUCCCAUCUGAGGGACUAAGCUAG